UCUCAUUAACGAUAUCUGCGGAUUAGGUUUCUCGAAGAAACCCCGAUCGAUUGUGGCCAGUUGCGACAUGGCGACGAUCGCGUUCCGACUCCUCUCUCGCCGGACUCUCACCAGCGCCAUAGGCAAGGCCGCCGAGCACCUUCCUCAGGGUCGUUGGUCGUGGCGGUCCUAUCUGCUUGGCUUCGACGACACGGCGAUGGCCGAGGCCAAAAGGCGGUUAGGCCACGCGUCGUACAUGAAGCUGCUGGAGAAAGAGCAGGCAGCUGUCGACCGGACCCUCGGCCGCUUGGUUUUUGGGUCGGCCGUGGUUUCCGUCGGAUUGCUCCUUGCCAAGAUUUAUCCACCUCCCCCAGCAAGCGGACAUACAAUUACCCCUACUUCAGACGGGGUGUAGGGAAGAGAUCCCGGUUUCAUUUGGAUAUAUGAAAUACUCCAAAGGAGUAACAUGCUUUUCGGGUGCAAAUAAGAUGGGUGUAAUUCCUUUUUGAUGUAGCUCACCGUUCAUGCCGAAUUGGAUGGGUGUAAUUCCUCUUUUAUAUAGCUCAUCAUUCAGCCAAAUGAUAAAAUGGGUGUGAUUCUGAUAAUGU